AUGGCAGUUCUUUUGAAAAAUGUCGCGAUCGUUGGGGCAAGUGGCACUAUUGGCAGAAUAGUUCUUGAAGCCCUUCUCGGCUCUUCGAAGUUCAACGUCACCGUCAUAUCUCGUGAGGAAAGCGAAGCAGUCUUUCCCCGUGGAGUUAAAGUUCUUAAGAUCAAAUUCUCGGGGAGCAGUCUGGAGACUGCUUUUCAGGGACAAGAUGUGGUGAUUUCAACAGUGGGAGCAGCCGCUUUUCACGAGCAAAAAGACUUUGUCGAUGCAGCUAUUCGGGCUGGGGUGCAACGUUUUAUUCCCUCAGAGUUCUCAAGCAAUAGCCAGAACGAUGCUGUACUCCAGCUGCUGCCUCUUUUUGGUGCAAAGAAAGAGUUGAUCGAAUAUCUGAAGAGCAAGGAGUCAUAUGGACUCACCUGGACUGCAGUUGCCACGUCUGGUCUGUUCGACUGGGGUAUUCGAAGUGGCUUCCUAGGUUUCGAUAUUGAAAAUCUCACGGCGACGAUCUGGGAUGGUGGUGAUAAGAACUUCACAUUAACCAACGAAAAGCAGCUCGGCCAAUCGGUUAUAUCUGUUCUCGAGCAUCCACAGGGGACGAGCAACCAAUACCUGUAUGUUGCUUCUGUGGAAACAAACCAGAAAGAGAUUGUUACGGCUUUAGAAAAGGCGACUGGUGCCCGGUGGACCCUCAAGGAUAGCACUACAGAGGAACAAGUCAAGGAUGGUUUUGCAAAGCUCUCCGCAGGCGAUUUCAGCGGCGCUUUGACAUUGGUCCGAGUCACUUGUUUUGGUAACACUCCUGGGCUCCACGCCAACUAUUGCAAGGAGGAGAAGCUUGCGAAUAGUUUGCUAGGGCUGACGAUGGAAAGUGUUACGAGCACAAUUAAGUCCAUCAUAGGCUGA